CCGCCCGCCCCGCUGCGGCCAAAGCCGCCGACCCCGCCGGGGAGCCCGGAGAGCCGCCGGCCCGCGCCGCGCCUCCUAAACGGCUGCGUGCCGCUGUCGCACCAGGUGGCCGGGCACAUGUACGGCAAGGACCGAGUGGGUAUACUCCAGCACCCGGACGGCACAGUUCUGAAGCAGUUACAGCCACCGCCACGGGGCCCGAGAGAGCUGGAAUUUUAUAAUAUGGUUUACGCUGCUGACUGUGCUGAUGCUGUUCUUGUGGAGCUGCGGAAACAUCUGCCCAAAUACUACGGCGUCUGGUCGCCGCCCACUGCACCUGACGAUGUAUACCUAAAACUGGAAGAUGUGACUCAUAAAUUUAAUAAGCCCUGUAUAAUGGAUGUAAAGAUAGGACGGAAGAGCUACGAUCCUUUUGCCUCAUCUGAGAAGAUUGGGCAGCAGGUCAGCAAGUACCCACUAAUGGAAGAGAUUGGGUUCUUGGUGCUCGGCAUGAGGGUUUAUCACGUGCACUCCGACAGCUUUGAGACAGAAAACCAGCAUUACGGAAGAGGCUUGACGAAGGAGACUCUGAAGGACGGAGUCUCCAAGUUUUUUCAUAAUGGAUUCGGCUUAAGGAAAGACGCUGUUGCCGCCAGCAUUCAGAAGAUUGAGAAGAUUCUCCAGUGGUUUGAAAACCAGAAGCAGCUAAACUUUUAUGCAAGUUCAUUACUGUUUGUUUAUGAAGGUUCAUCUCAGCCAACUACUACAAAAUCAGAUGAGAGGACUUUGACUGGAAAGUUUUUAUCCAGAGGACAGCUGUCAGGCACAGAGGUGCUGGAGCACAACAACAACUUCCACGUGCUGAGUUCCUCUGCCAAUGGAAGCUCGGUGGGCAGAAGUUUGUCGAAGAUGUAUGCCCGGCACUGCAAGAUGUAUUCCAAGAAGCACCACAGCCAGGCUUCUCUGAGGGCUGUGCCCAUGGGGCAGGACAAUGGGUGGGAAAGUGUGUCCCAGGAACACUUGAAUGGGAAUGUCCUGUCCCAGCUGGAGAAAGUUCUCUGUCACCUUCCUGCUGGUUGCCAGGAGACCGCCGAAGUUGAAGUGCGGAUGAUAGAUUUUGCCCAUGUGUUCCCUAGCAACACAGUGGAUGAGGGCUAUGUUUAUGGUCUGAAGCACCUCAUCGCUGUGCUUCAAAGUAUUCUGGACAGUUGAGUCUCGCUACAGUCUUUGGGGGAGUGGGCCGGUUGCCGUAGAGCAGCACCCAUCAGCUGUGCGUCUGGAAUGCCGCGUCAGAAUUUGUAUUGCGAGUCAACGUUUUGUCUUUAUACUUUUGGUAGCAGGUUAACUUUUUAUAUUCUUACUCAGGAAUACUAAUCUGUUCGUGGAAACCAUGAAGAAUGAAGCAGGAAUGUUAAGCAGGGAGUGCGGUGGCGUGUGGCGGAGCCCGCUUGGCUCACCCAGCUCUCUGUAGCCAGUUACCAUGAAAUCUCUGUCCACCCAGCCUUGCCAAUGAGCCAUAUCUAAACUAUUACCUUAUCAUAACACCUUCAGGAGUCCAGAAAGCACAGUUGACAUCCUCGGUGUGUAUGAAGUUCCUAAAACUGGAGAACAUUGUACAUCAGAAACUGUUUAGGUGUUAGACUGGAAGCCGAGCAGCACAUCGACAGGUGCUUUAGUGUGUGCGUCCCACCGAGCACGGAGAGUGCUAUGCUCUGCACAGAGGAUGAGACAGACAGACAGACAGGAGCAGCGACAGCAGAUGCCCUGGCAUUGGGGCUCGGAUUGUCCUCGCAAGGGUCUGGAGAAGUCAGAAAGGAUAUGUAAAAACAAAUUAUUUUUUUUAAAUAUUUCAUUUAUGGAAAAUCAAAUCUUUAGUGUGUUGUGAAAUGUGUCAUAAAGUGUAAUAAUUGUUUUUCUCAAACUGAGGCUUCAGAAAGGUAGAUGGUUGAAAGAUGUUUUAUUUCUUCUUUAAUUUUUUGAGUCUUUUCCAUUUAAAAUCCAUGUAUUUAUAUGUGCCCAUUUGGUUAAGCAGUAGCGUAAAUGUAUGUUGCUAAAAAUAGCAUUUCUCAGAAUUCAGUUAACAUGGAGAGGCAGGGUGCUGUGCCGCGCCUGGCUCGGUGCUGAGCAGUGUGCUGCGGUCCUGAAGACAGUCCCAGCCCUUUCAUACCUGCUGCCUUUCCAGAAUCACUCGUUACUUGUCAUUAAGAUCUUUUAAAAGCUAAAGUUAGAUUUGCAAAUACCUUUGUCACUAGCACUUUGAUUCAUUGUGUGAACAGUUGGUUCUUUUGCCAUAUUUCUGGAAAAAGUUUUGAGUUAUGACUUAGACUUUUUUUAGCCCCUUUUUCCCCUUUAGAAUUACAAAUAAAACUGUUAAAUCCAAGUGCCAUUUUUUUGUAAUGUGGAGGGAUUUUUAGACUUAACCUUCUGACCCUCUCUAAAGGUAGUUUGCAGAUACCUGCGCCCAAACACAAGUGCAGAAUAAAUGUAUCAUCAAAAUCUGAGAACUCUGAUGAACAUGCAUUUUGUAAUUUCUUAUUUUGAAGUGGCAGAGUGUUUCCCAUGGGGAUGUCAGUUUUCUCUUCUGCCCAGGUGGUUGUUGACUGUAGAUUUUUUUCAAAUUGUCGUUUCAUCUGUUUUGUGGGAAUAAGUUACAGGUGAUAAUUAUUAGAAAUUUUCUACUUAUUAUUAGAAAGUUUUCUUACAGUGUUGACUGUUGUUACCGGGUUGGUUCGGUGGCCCUUAAGCCCAUCUAAUGAGCACUGUUUGACCUUCUGCAGCCUGUGCAGUGGCCGGCUUCCCUGCACUCCAGCGCUGGAGUGAGCUGGCCAGGCGCCCUUCCUCUGUGGCUGUGUCAGUUUGUGGAAACAGCAUCUCACCUUUCUGAUAAGCUUUUGUUUGAAUAAAACAAGAAGUACUUUUGCCUUUUGUUUUUCAGGGAAGGGUUAGCAUUUGAUUCUUUUUGUUUACAUUUUUGUCCAGAGCCUGCCCUCUCUCCUCUGUGAUUACACUCUUGUGGGCUCUACACGUUCGCACAAUCUGCCUGUGACUGUUUUCCUCUCUUUCCCGUCCUUUAAGAUUAUGCUGAGAUUCGCCACUCUGGGGAUGAAUUAUCAGUAGUCACCAAGCCUGUGUGAACACUAAACAUGGAAGAAAUGAGCGAAGGAGGAGGUAGUUUGGGUUAAUAGUAAUACACAUCCCCCUCCCCCGUUAGGAAACAUGAGUUUAGUGUAUUUCUUAGGGAAUGCACUGAUUAAAAGGACUUUUAAGAAAUUGUGGAUGUGAAUACAUUUCUCAAAUAAAAAUUUAAAUUGUAAAAUAGUUUUAUAAUAAAGUAUUUACAUUAAUUAUUUUAAUAUGGAUGGAAGUUGCGUAAAUUAUAAUCAUUGUUGAAUAUUUAAAUAGUUUUUCAAGAACAAUUGUGAAAAUGUGUGUCUGGCUCUUGCACACAGCUGGUGGCGUUGAGAUUUGUGAUUCUGUGUUCUGUGUAUCCCAGAGGAGUAUGUGCCCUGCCUCUCCAAACCGGUUUGCUACUGCAGUUCUUGCUGAGUAAGAACGGCUUUCUGCAUGCUCACUUACUGUGAUGUAGUAGCUCAUGGUUCUUAGCUGACCGUCCUUUACAUCAGGCCGAUACAUUUAUAACAUUUGGGACAAAAGAAACAAUCAUUGCAGGUACAGUUUUCUUGUUUCAUGCAACAGAAAACACAUUUCCGUAUAGAAUUCGGAACCCGUAAGGCAGAAGAAAACUGUUGAAGAAUUGAGUUUCAUUGUGAAGUUGCAGAUGUUGAGUCUGAGUCCACUGCCAUCAGUUUGCCACCGUUAUCACUUCGAGUUCAAUAUUUAAGACAUGAUUUGCUCUAAAGUUGACACUGCUGUAAUCAUCUUCCUCAUUGGGAGCCUUUCCCUUGAUUCUGUGUAUUCACUGCUUCCGGUUACCCUUCUGCCUUCUAAAAUGGUUACCUGGGAAACAUCCAGUUCCUUUUGAAAGCAAUCAGUGUGGCUACAGGAAGAGAAGAGGUUACCGCUUAGAAUGACCUUUGGAGGCAAACUUCUUAGUUCACCCAGAAGCAUGUACCACGUCAAGUGAACAUGUGUGAACAGUCAAGACUAACUGUUACUCUAGCAUCCUGUCCAGGUAGAGUAUGGGCUAGGCACUCCAUUAAAGCACAGGUCUACGGAAGCAUUCACUUAAAGAUAAACCUAACAACAGAGUUUGGUAAAGGUAAAGUGCUGUCGAGUUAACAUGAGGCAGAUCGUUUCUGGGCUUUGGGGCCGGGAACAAGUGAAGACGAGGCAGGAGAGGAUAGAGGUGGCGGUUCCGCACCAGUGCACCCCCUCUUGACUCAAGGUGGGCAGUCAUUACAAACAGCGUGAAAUAGCCGCACAAUGGCACUCUGCCCACCCAAAGGUGUGUCUGCUUACACUGUCCCUUUGGAUGGUUUCACAUAAUGUUAUUUUGGUGGCCCUUACCUGCUCACUGGCUGGCUCACUGCACAUUUUACAACUUGGUGCAAAAUAUUUUCUGUGUUGGUCUUCAAAUUAAGAAGUUGCUUGGGCUGGAGAGCUGGCUCAGUGGUUAAGAGCACUGAGUGUUCUUGCAGAAGACCCGGGUUCAAAUCCCAGCACCCACGUGGUGGCUAACAGCUGUCCCUAACUCCAGUUCCAGGGGAUCCAACACCCUCUUCUGACCUCCAUCUGCCCCGCACCACACGGCACACUUAUGUGCGGGCAAUACACUCAUACACAUAAAAAAAAAUAAAAAACUGAAAGAAGUCACUCCUUGACAGCAGAGUGAUUGCAUGAUAACUUGUUUUGCCGCCCAUUCUUAAAGUCUUCCUCUGUUUUGACAGCUGUUAAAUCAGAGUCUCAAGAUUGUUUUAAUUUAAAAUUUUUGUCAUUGGGGUUAAACUUUGGCCCGUUGUCCACUCACAGCAUUAACAGUUUGAUUGUGAAGUUAGAUGUGUGAUGUCCAGCAGAUAAACAAAAGGCGUGCACAGACACUUUACUAUGGGAACUGGACUGGACAAGACCUGGAGAAUAUGUGAAAUUGCACCUGAACCUGUUUUUCCAGUGGAUGCUAAACUUCUUGUACUUGAUGAAUGAAUGUAUUUGGUGUACUUUGAUUUCAAUGUCUUAUCUCUAGUUCUCUCUUUUUAGGGUUUGUAAUUUGUACUGUUGAUGGGGGGGUUCUUGGACUGCAGGGUUGUCACUGUGUAAGAUCUGUGCUUUUAUUUUCUAGAAUCAUCUAAUGUGACACACCGAUUUUUAUAGGUGAUAUUUAGAUAAUUCUAAUAACUGUAUAUUUGACAACUUAUUAAACAGUUUUGCAUUGGA